GUGAUGGCUGUUUUAUGAGUUUGUCCGAAGCUCGCCAAAAAUGCACCGAAAAACACAGUUGCUUUCAGCAAAUACAGCACAUAGAACACAUGUGUUUACCUCCAAAUUACAUUGGACGACUCAAAGAAGGAAUUAACGAAGAAUUAUCACGAAAACUUAUGAAAUUUUGCGACAAACUUGAAGCAGUGAUAGUUGCUUACGACAAGAUCGAACUGUUACAACGUUUUGGUAGUCUUGUUGAUGAAACUCCUUUCCUUCAUUUUGAUGUUAAAGUAAACUAUAUUGUCUUUAAACCAGAAGUUGAUAGUAAACUUGUUGGCGAAGUGAAUAAGAUUGGUUAUGAUCACGUUGGAUGUUUGGUACAUCAAUGUUUUAAUGCAUCGAUUACAAGACCAAGAAUACAAAAUGGCUAUGAUAUCGAUAGUUUGGUAAUUGGUAGCAAAUUCACAUUCCGUGUUAUUGGUUUAGAAUCUCUUAAUGGUGUUUUAUUGAUAUCUGGAGUAAUAGAUGACAGAUCACUCAGAAAAAGUAAAACAAAAUCAAAAACCACAGAUGAUGUGCCUACAGACRUAGUCAAUGACAAUACACCUAAACAACCUAAAAAUAUAAUGAACAACAAAAGAACUAAGGAUGAGCUACAAGAUCAACCUUCAUCAAAUAAGAAAACAAAAGAUGUUAAUGGGAACCAAUCAAAUACUGACAAUCCAUAUAGUGACAGCAGUAAUGGAGUUUUGAAAUUAGUCAGAAAAAAGACAAAGAAGAGCAAGAAAGUGUAUGCCAGUUAGCAUACAAGUGUUGUAGAAUGGGGAAACUUGCCAAUUUUUUAAUAAUCUUGUCAAAUCAUUGUAUGACAUGUUGUCUAAUAUUGAGCUACAUGUACAUGUAAUACAAUAAAAUAAUUCUAGAAGUG